AAAGAACUUGUCUUGAAGCGGCACGUAUCACACAGAAGCCAUACCUACGAGACUCAAUCGAGCUUCUUUCUCUUCCUGCAAAUUCAAAAUCCAAUCCCAAUCUUUUUCUUUGGCUUCGUUUUCUUCAUUUCAAAUUGACCUCGCUCUUAGUUUCGCUUAGAUCCCAAAUCCUACCUCGCAAUUUUUCUGCUUUUUCCCAUUACGAGGAAAGAAGCCAACUCACGACCGAUCCAAUGCCGCUUUGAAUCGCGUGCCGUUUUCCUUCGUUGGGAACAUCUUAUUGCUUUUGAAUUCAAAUCUUGGGGCAGCUGGGUCGAUGAGUAACAUGCCACACUGUUUCUGAAACACAAAGGUCGUUUUUGUUGCCUUUGGAGCUGCACGGUGUUUGAAGAGAAAGGGAGAGAAGGGGUAGUGAAUGGGAAUGGGUUCAAAAAUGGAAGGACCGUCUACCCCAGCCAAUCGACGUGACCCAUACGAGGUAUUGUCCGUGUCAAGGGAUUCAACCGAUCAAGAAAUUAAAACGGCGUACAGAAAGCUUGCUCUUAAGUAUCACCCUGACAAAAAUGCCAGCAAUCCUGAAGCUUCGGAGCUAUUUAAAGAGGUUGCAUAUUCUUAUAGUAUCUUGUCUGACCCAGAAAAGAGAAGGCAGUAUGACAGUGCUGGAUUUGAGGCACUUGAUGCUGAUAGCAUGGACAUGGAGAUUGAUUUGUCUAAUCUUGGGACAGUGAACACAAUGUUUGCAGCUUUAUUCAGUAAACUGGGCGUCCCUAUCAAGACAACCAUUUCAGCUAAUGUUCUGGAAGAAGCUCUUAACGGAACUGUUACAGUUAGACCCCUUCCAAUUGGAACAUCAGUUAGUGGAAAGGUAGAGAAGCAAUGUGCUCAUUUUUUUGGUGUCACAAUAAACGAACAACAAGCUGAGUCAGGCAUUGUAAUCAGAGUUACUUCAACAGCACAAAGCAAAUUCAAAUUGCUCUACUUUGAACAAGACGUGAAUGGAGGCUAUGGUCUGGCAUUGCAGGAAGAUAGUGAGAAGACUGGCAAGGUGACAUCUGCAGGAAUGUAUUUCUUACAUUUUCAAGUGUAUAGAAUGGAUUCAACAGUGAAUGCGUUAGCGAUGGCCAAGGAUCCUGAAGGGGCCUUCUUUAAAAGGUUGGAAGGUCUUCAGCCUUGUGAAGUCUCAGAACUAAAGGCUGGCACUCAUAUAUUUGCGGUUUAUGGUGAUAACUUCUUUAAGACUGCUAGCUAUACUAUUGAGGCAGUAUGUGCAAAAUCGUAUGAAGAUACCACCCAAAAACUGAAGGAUGUUGAAGCUCAGAUUUUAAGAAAGAGGAAUGAGCUACGCCAAUUUGAAGCAGAAUAUAGAAAGGCAUUGGCACGCUAUCAGGAAGUGACAGACAGAUACACAAAAGAAAAACAAUCUGUAGACGAGCUUCUGAAACAAAGGGAUGGUAUCCAUUCUUCCUUCACCAUUGUGAAGUCAACCAAUAUUACUGGAAAUGGUAGUAAUUUUAGCAAUGGAAGUUCUAGCAAAAUGACUGGUGAAGAGAGCCCUGGUGAAGAUGGAGGGUCAGAUGGGAAGGACAAGUCAGGCAAAAAGAAAUGGUUUAACUUGAAUAUUAGGGGUUCUGAUAAGAGGUUGGGUUAAUAUUUUAGUUAGUAACCAUGGUUUUGCUUCUCUGUCAGUCAGCUUGGGUUGCAGUUGCAGUUGCAGUUUAUGUCUGGAAUAUUUUUCAUUUGCUUGGUUCCGACAAGUUGGUUAAUCAGUUCAUUGGUAUGUGAUGCAUUCGAAGGUAUACAGUAUAUGUUUUACUGUUUCCUAUAUUUUUGCACUCCUACAAACAAACAGGAUCCACAGCAUCCAAUUUCCUUGUAGAAUCCUAUCAUCAACGCUUAUAAUUUUGAUAUUGUUAUUUGUAAUGAUAAUUCAUUCUUGUAA